AUCCAAUAGCUGAUUCUGGACUCGAAGAGGUAAAGUUGGUUCUGUCUUCUCUUCCAUUUUCUGUUUCUUCUUCUGUCCAAUCCAAUCCCAUCCAAUCCAGUCCUCCACGCCAACUGCAGCAUUCACACACACAAAAAUGGAAAAAAGAGGAACCAACGUUUGUUAUUCUCGUUUUGAUGUGAUCGCGAGUUGACAACAUUUUUCCGGGAAACCCCACUUUAAAGAUCAUCGAACCAUACUUGGCAACCCGUCAUGACGGCGGAUACAACUGAUCCGAGUUAUUGGUUGAAUUGGAGGUUUCUCAUUUGUGCAACAUGGAUCUUAUCUACCAUGGUUGUAGCCUCAGUUCUUAUAUGGAAAUAUGAAGGUUUCAAAAAAUCGAGAACUGGCAGGAGAGCAGUGGAUCAGCGAGAAACGGUAGGGACUUUGUACGAGGAUGAAGCCUGGAAGACGUGUCUUAAAGGAAUACAUCCCGCGUGGUUACUUGCUUAUAGAAUAAUUGCUUUUGUUGUGAUGUUGGGGUUGAUAGUUGCUAAUGUUGCUCUUGAUGGAGCCGGCAUCUUUUACUUCUAUACUCAGUGGACGUUUGUUUUGGUCACAUUCUAUUUCGGGUAUGGAUCUUCAGUCUCACUUUGCGGAAUUUAUAAGCAUCUCAAUAGAAUUGGUGAGGAUGAGGGGCGAGGCGCUUAUGUUGCUCCAACACUACGUGAGAAUAGCAAUACGUCCAAUGGAUCUAAAAGUCUUACUCAUGAAGAAUAUCAUGGCCGCAAAGGUGCAGGUGCACGCGAAUACAUCUUUCAAAUUAUUUAUCAGAUGUGUGGAGGUGCUGUGGCUAUCACUGAUUGCAUAUUUUGGCUUGUUCUGUAUCCAUUUCUAACAUCCAAAGCCUACAAACUGAAUUUUAUGAUGGUCAUAAUGCACUCAGUCAACGCCCCUUUCCUCCUUGGCGAGGCAUUUUUGAAUAACAUGCGGUUUCCAUUGUUUCGAAUCGCAUAUUUUGUGCUGUGGACAGGGGUAUUCGUGAUUUUUCAGUGGAUAUUCCAUGCUUGCAAAUCCAUGUGGUGGCCUUAUCCAUUUCUCGACCUGUCAUCCUCGUAUGCUCCCUUAUGGUAUCUUGGGGUUGGAUUGAUGCAUCUCCCAUGCUACGGCGUCUUCGCUCUAAUUAUUAGGAUAAAGAACUUGCUGUUGUCAAGAGCAUUUCCGGAGUCUUAUCAGAACGAGAGAUGAGGAAGCGGAUGAGAACUGCGUUUGUAAAUCCCAGGCUACAUGGUGCCACCGCGGCACCACAGAUUAAUGAUUUUUUUGGCCUGGAUAAAGGAUAAAUUUUGAUGGUUCAGGCUUCCAUUUGUAAUUAGCUGCCCUAGAUGAUUGUUCUUCUGAAGCAGCUAUGGCAUUUAGACUUGCACAUAACAACGUUAUGAUUGAUUUUUCAAUGAUUCGGUGUAAAAUUUCAAUUACGAUUUUCUAGUUUUUGC